AUGUCAUCCAAAAUCGUCCCCGUCAUUCAGCCAGUCCCUCUCCAAAUAGGUCCGCCAGAGUAUGAAGCUCUUCGGACAUCCAUCCUCGAGGAGUUCGGCAGCACCGUCCCAGACGAGCUCCGCCUUCCGAAAAGCCUCAUCGACGAUCCCCCCAAGAACGUAACCGGCAUCCCCAAAACCUGUGAUAUCUUGGCCGAUCAAGAAAUCGACAUCACAGAGAACUAUGACGCUACAGCACUCGCAGCUGCAAUCGCAUCACGAAAAUUUACAUCCGUCGCUGUCGUCACUGCCUUUGCGAAAAGAGCUAUCAUCGCUCAUCAGCUUACAUGCUGCUUGACACAAUGGUGGUUCGAAAAGGCUGUACUUACUGCCCAGCUUCUUGAUCAAUAUCAGGACAACACUGGAAUGACCUGCGGUCCUUUGCAUGGCGUGCCAGUCAGCAUCAAGGAACACAUGCCGGCCAGCAACCACUGGUCAAAUGUGGGAUACUUGGCGACUCGAAAACUUGACAGAGAAGAUUGUCAGAUGGUCAAGAUUCUUAGGGAUGCGGGUGCUGUCCUAUUCUGCAAGACAAAUCAACCGCAGUCCAUUAUGCAUCUUGAGACAACAUCGCCUUGGGGGAGAACCCUGAAUCCUCAUAAUAUCAAUCUAUCGGCUGGAGGGUCUACUGGUGGCGAAGCCGCUCUUAUCGCUCUUCGUGGUUCAGUCUUGGGCAUUGGUACAGACAUCGGAGGAAGUGUUCGUGGACCAGCGGGGUUCUGCGGUAUCUAUGGUCUCAAGACGACGUCCUACGUGUUCCCCCAGAAAGACUUCUUACCGGGUGGUUUCGCCGCUGAAUUGAACGUCUUAUGUUCAGCAGGGCCGAUGUGUACCUCGCUUCGGGAUGUUGAUCUCCUCAUGUCGGUCGUCUCCGGUUCUCGUCCUUGGCUGAAAGACCCUCGACUUGUCCCUCUUCAUUGGACGGGAAGGUUGACGGAAAACAAGCCGUUGAAGAUUGGACUCAUGAUCAAUGACGGGCUCAUCACUCCCCAGCCUCCAGUAACAAGGGCUCUUGAGUGGGCAGCCCGAGAGCUCCGAUCUAAAGGGUUCGAUGUCAAGCCCUUCCGACCCUUCGGGAUGGAAGAAGCCAUGAAAGGUAUUCGCCGUGCAUACUGGCCAGACGGCGGCAAGACAGUCAAAGCAUACCUCUCAGCCACGAAUGAACCUAUGAAUGCCUUGACUAAAUGGAUCAUUCAAGACGCUGAGGGUCCUGGGCUCGAUGCCAACGGCGUUCUCAAGCUUCGCGUAGAACGCGAUGAUUUCAGAUGUCGUUUCGCAGAGCACUGGGAGUCACAAGAUGUGGACUUUGUAAUUUGCCCUGUAUUUGUUGGCCCGGCAUGUUCUCACGAAACGGCGCUCUACUGGAAUUACACGGCGCUCUGGAACUACGUUGACUACCCCGGCAUUGUGAUCCCGACGCCCGUCAAGGCUGGCGCGAAAGGAACUGAGAGCUAUCCGCCGGACAGUGUUCCUUUGAGUAAGGAAGAGGAACAGGUCAGACAAUUCUGGGCGGAGGGUGAUUUUGAGGGAGCGCCUAUCAACUUGCAGGUUGUUGCGAGGAAAUACCAUGAUAAUGAUCUUUUUGCGGCGGUGAAGGAGAUUGACAAGGUCAUUAAUUAG